AUGCGUACCCUCGGUGCGUGCUGGCAUUGCGUGUUCCAACGAGAUGGGUGUCCCGACGAUGGUAAUCCGUGUAAACGUUGCGUAGACAAGGCAAAGAGAGGCCAGCUUCGAUACAUCCCAUGCAACCGUGACAAGCUAGUUAUUCUGGUUCACGACUUCCUGCCCCCUUCGAUGACGGACAUGCACCAGAAGCAGACCAUCGAAGACUAUGUCAAGGCGAAUAUCGUUCACUUCUACCAGGACAAGCCGGUGAAGGUAGAGUUGACGAGCGGCUAUGGUCCGCCGAUGAUUUGGGACCUGUACGAGUUUAAGCCAACAGACACCGGCGAGCCUCUAAGGCAACUGCAGUACUUCCAGAAUCCGGACACUCGCCUCGUGGAAUCACGAAUGAAACGGUCGCCACCACUCGGCUUGUUGAAGCUAGAGACUGGCGACGACGACCGCUUCGAUGAAUACCUUCAGCGAUUGCUAAAUCCGAUUAAUCUCUGGGACUUUGGGUGGACCUGCUUUGAGGAGGAAACACAAAUUAAUACUUUCCAGGCAGCUCUACUGCAGGCCAUAUGCACGCUGUACACCGAGACUCAAGAUAUUGAUCUGAAGUCGGUCCUUGAGAAGGUCCUGCGCAUGAUGCUUGUUACCUACAUUAUGGCCCAUACCCUCACCAUCUCCGAGGACACUGUUGACAACGUCGAGAGAGCGGUCCGCCACUCGCGUCCCCUGGCCCUACCUCAGCCUCGAUCGGUCUCCGGUCCUCACGCGCGUCACAUCUCGCCACGCCUCGCCAACCGCCAGCUGAAGUUCUUCUUCAGCCUCAAGCGCAAUAAAAUUUGCGAAGACAUUCUGAACUGGCUGCAGCAGACUUUUCACAACUCUGGGAAAGAAGAGACAUGGCUCGCUUCAUUCUGUACGAUGCUCGGUCUCGCUAUGGCGCUUGAGGAGUUCCAGCGCACUCUGUGGAUCCAGGCGGAUGCGAAAAUCAGGAAAGGGGAGAAGAGCGCGGCCGUGGCCGAGGAGGAAGCAAGCAACGCGUGUGGGCGCAUUGACGUCCGCUUCGAUCUCUUGGUCGGUCUCUUCCAGUGCAAGUACAGGAGGAAGGGAUGGACCUAUGGGAGCUUUGGGCCGCAAACGCCGCAGUUGAAUGGCGAAGAAAAUGCACCGGGACGAAAGUUCUUGGCCGAAGUUCACGGGCUGCUUUUGGAUGAGCGCCAACAUCUGGAAAGCCGUAGGCAGUACCCGUUGGAGAAGCAGUAUCAGUGCUUCUGUACGACUCGCCUGGUGGCACGCUUCUUGCUACCGUUCCUUGGACUAUCGACUUGA